GAGAAACUGAUUGACCUGGCCAUCCAUGGGAAGGGUAUUUAUACCGAUGAGUACUCAAAAUAUCUACAAGCUGAAAUUAUGGGAGAUCCUUAUCCAUCCUUAGGAAUUCUUAGUCUGGAGUACCCGUCGACUGGUAGUUUACCAAGCUUGGAAAAAAUGGAAUCUUCUCAAAUCUUCGACAAAUUUUAUGCUAAAGAUCUGGAUCCUCCAUCACAAGUUUCAAGACCAACUUUUGACUUGGGUUUAGGACCAAGUGAUCAAAAUGGAGAAGAGGUGCAGCAGCCUGCAAUUGAUCUAGGUGCACCUGAUCCACCUCAAAUCCAUCUUGCAGCUGCGCCUGCGCAUAAUGAAGCUCCAGCUGCUAGAGGAGCAUCAGAUCAAGCUCAAACGGAUCCCUCGGAUGAGCAAGCUCAAAUCGAUACUGCACCUACACUUAAUGAAGCCUCUGCAAUUGUUUUAGCUGCAGCUGAAAAAGCUCGUUUGAAAGCUGAUCUUCAGCAACCUGAACAAGAAGGAAUAAGGAAACCUUGGGAUCCCAUUCCAUUCAAUGAAGUAGAAAGGAAGAAGAAAAUGAAGAAUGACAGAAAGCAACAGCCUACUAAAAAUUAGAGAGUCUUAAGUAUCCAGUUUUAGAUGCUGAAAAGGCAGAGGAAGCUCGACUGAAGAAGAAUAUGAGCGCCGAAAAAGCUAAAGCAUAUGCUGAGACUCUCCAACUUCUUUCUGAGCUACAGAAGGAUAACGAACCUGGAGUUAGUCAAACAUCAGAGGAAGAUGACGUAACACUUGCCAAGAGACUCGAAGAUAGGCUGGCUACAAAGAGUAAUGAAGUCAAACCAAUAGCGAAGUCGACCACGUCAGUCAUGGACAAGGAGAAGAAAAAGCCGACUAUCUCAGCCAAGGAGAAGAAACUUACUCCAAAAAUCACAUACACCCCUCAGAAGCCAGUAACUCGGAGCCACCCGCAGAAAAGAGUUGAUCCUGAGUUUGCUAGUGGCAAAGGACUGUCGGGACAUAAAAGGCGAAAAACAAAGUCCAGAACUGAAAACCCAGUUGGAAAAGAUUGCCCAACAGAGAAAGUUCAGAAAAAGGAUAGCGAGAAUGUGAGAAAGAGAAAAGCUAAAGGUGAUCCAAAUCUGCAAGAACUUACUAAAAAAGUGAAGAAUGCACGCAAGUUGUUGAGCCUAAGGAAAUCUCCGUUCUAUAAGGAUUUGAGUUCACAACAAAGAGCGCUUCUCUCUCCUUUUUUUGACAAAGCUACCUCAAUCAACAGUGCUUGGAAAGCUCCUGCUGUGAUUGGUCAUCACAUAUUAUCUGCAGAGACCUUUGAAGAUCUGCUACAUAACAGGGCUUUAGAGGGAGAUCUUAUAAAUUACUGGCAAUACCAACUGAAAAAAGCAUAUCAUAAUGAGCAACCAGUGAAUGGACAGAGAAAGUACAUUCCAGUACUCCACAUUGAUCCAACAGGCUGGUUUUAUUUAAGUGACCCAGUACAUCAAGUAGCAGCAAACACUGCUGUAUUCUUACCCAUCAGGAAUAUGGAGGAAGGAACCAGGAAGAUUAUUAUUCCAAUGUCACACCAAAACGUGCAUUGGACGCUUCUUGUGUAUGAAUGCGAGAAAGGCGAAUUCUUCCACUACAACACUUGGGAAGCUGUAUCCAAAAAUGAGUGUCUCGAUAAUGCUAAUCUUAUGGCAGAAUACUGCUUGUUAGCAAUUAAUGAACGCUUGUCGAGCCUGCGCCUUCCACUUGUAAGCAGAGUAAAGAUGAUUAGUUACCCAACACCUCAACAGGGAGACUAUCCAGAUUGUGCAAUAUAUAUCAUGCACAUCAUGAAGAAAGUUGCAAAGGAGGAAGUAAUUGAUGGAGUGCGAAUGAGCUUGGGAGACCCAGAAGAACUAAAGGACAAAAUACAUAAGAAGAGGAUCUCUUUAGCAUGCAAAAUACUCUCAGCAACAUCUCCUCCUGAGGAGAGCUGGAAUAUUCAUGCUCCAAAAGGUUUUUAAGACAGUGCUUAUAUGAAUU